AUGUCGACGCGCUCGCAUACAGGGUGCUGGACGUGUAAGCGACGGCGGCGUCGCUGCGACAAUGAGCGCCCUGGGUGUCGAAAUUGUAGAGAACGCGACGUUGAUUGUGAGGGUUACGAGGUCCGGCUGAAAUGGGGUGCAGGCAUCGCUUCGCGGGGUCGAUUUACCGGAGCCGAUAAGCCGAUUCAGGAAUCUGUGCCUCGAAGGCAGCGGGGGAGGAAAAGAGACUUGGCGAAGAAGCAGGAGAAGGAGUGUUCCGACUCUGCUGGAAGCCAGUCGGAAGGUCCAACAGCAGAUGAAGAGUCCAUUUUUAAUGAGUUUAUGAACAAUGGCAUCAAUACGCUUCAUUCAACGACGGCAAGAGAUAGCAUGCUUCACCCACGACUACCAGAGCUCUGCCAGGACUCGCGCGCUUUGUUUCCUAUAUGUAUUGCAUUUCAGCUUGCUUUAUCUAGUACCAUCACUCCUCGAUUCUGCGAGUACUUUGACACGGCAUUGAGAACCUUCAGAUCUGAACUGGCAUGCAGCAAGACCCUCUCCGAUGGCACAUUGACAUCGGGACUCCUGUUGUGUAGCAUUGGCCUAAUGCAUGGCUUGCCUUGGACCAUGCAUCUAGAAGGUAUGCACAGAAUUCUACAACGGGACGGCCUAGACGACGUGAACUGCGCGUCAAUCCGGUCCUUCUUUCGUACCCAUCUUCUCGAGGUCAUGGGUGUCAUGGAUCUCCCCUUCUUUGCAAUUGGUCGUCAAACCCCACAGAUCGGGAUCUGGCGCCGAUACUGUCAAGCUGCUGCACCGAGGUGCGGCAUCGAGCCUGUGAGUGGCCUGCCUCGCACUUUGAUCGACAUAUUCGCUGGAAUAGGUACCGAAACCACAGAGCAAUCAUUCUGGGAUUGGCCCGGUGAGACCGGUAGCUUUCUGCAGUGCUACUUGUGGGAGGCGCACCGCUUGGCUGGUAUUCUAGUACUACGGCGGGGGAACGCUCAUAUGUCUUCUCCUGAUAACAUCUCCACCUGGCGACAGCCUGCCAAGUGUCCGGCAGAUACCAGUGUGCUCGUGGUACGCAUACUGGCCAGUCUUGAUGCUCUUCGUAUUGCGUCUAUUGAACGCCCACUUGAAGAUGCGCACAUCGUCAACGCGACUCUCUUCCCUAUUGUCAUCGCUGGCCUCGAGGUCGAGGUACUGCAUCACAAACCAGACUGGCAGCAAAUGAUCAGGAAUAGCCUGAAAACCUCGCAUCAAUGUGAAAUUCUACUCAGUCUGUUAGAGGAACUAUGGCAAAGAGCAGACCCGAGUCUAAGCGUGCAUGACUUGGCACGGCAGAGAGGGAUCGAGAUGGGACUGGUAUGA